UAAGAAUUCUCGUCAAGUUGGUGAGCGUGGAGGCGGUUGGCGACCACGAAGCGCCCGCCCCCCUCUCUCACUGGCAGCUAGCUUUAGCUUUUUCGUCCUGCUUUCGCAUUCUAUGUAUUAUUUUCCUCUCUCGGCGGCUGGUGACCUCGUGUGUGGGUGAACUGCGCCGAUUGAUGCCUCCGGACGGCGGCCGGUGAGUGUCAGCGGCCGAAUCGGUCAUCGCGUCGGCCAGUUUGGUGCAUAGCUCGAGUGGCUCUCGCGACACGGACGGACGGACGGACGGACGGAUGCGAUGGAGAAGCUGGUGAGCGCGGAGGGCGUGCGGGCCAUGUCGGACAACGAGCUGUCGGACGCGCUGUUCGGGCUCGGCCUGGGCCGCACGCCGGUCACCAACUCGACGCGGCCGUGGCUCGAGAAGAAGUUGCUCGACAAGCUCGAGUGGAGCGACCGCAUCGAGCCGCAGAUCGACGAGAAGCAGCAGCAGCACAGCCUCGACACCAUCAACAACAGCAUCAACGACAUCAUCGCACAGGGCCCAGAGCCCGACGUCCCGGACGAUGACGCCGGAAAUAGGGUCUACUACGCUGUCUUCUGUCCCAAUGACAACGCCGAAGAUGACUUUGCGGCCGAGUCUCGCGUGUUCAACCUGCAGGAGGAGGCGCUGCGUUUCGCAAAAAAGAACAAGCGGUCGCGCUUCAAGGCGUUCCGUGCGUACGAGGAGGCGCUGUCGUUCGCGACGUCGCCAGCGGCCGUGCAGGUCACGUCGCCGCAGCCCAGCUCUCCGGGCUUUGUCGACGGCGUCAGUAGGUUCAAGGGCCCGAAAAGCCAGGACCUGGUGCAGCUCAGGAAGGAAAUCGAGAACGGAAACAUAAAUAUGGUCCGUCGAAUGAUCUGGGAAAACCCGCGGUACCUGAUUAGCAACGGUGACAUGCCGUCGAUCCUGCAGGAGGGGGCCAGGUACAACGCUUUACACGUGGCGGCGCGCAAGGGCAGUGCAGAGAUGGCGGCGUUGAUCGCGGACACGAUCUCGGACACAAAGUUCGUGCAGCUGCUGUACGGCGACUGCCUGGAGAACUGUCGGCAGCGAAGUAGCAUUUUGCUCGACCUCUACCUCAACAUGCCGGACAAGGGGCUGCACGAGACGCCGCUGCACAUAGCGGCCAAGCUCGGCGCGGUGCGCUGCGUCGAGGUCUUCGUCGGCUAUCCCGAGUGCAAGAAGAACCAGCUCAACAAGGAAAAGCUCACGCCAGCAGAGAUCAUCUGCAGCAGGCAGUGUCCGCAUCCUUCGGCAGCACAGGAGAUCCGGCACCUUUUACAGGACACGUUUUUCGUGCCGGUGCUGCGUUCGCCAACGCAAGACCAGCCCGAGGUCGGCGACCCCUUCUCCACCACCAAGCCUCUCGUGACGAGCAUGGAGGUGAGCGCAUUUGCCGGCCCAAUGGAGCUGGAGCAUGCCAAAGUAUUCCACCGACAAUGGAAAUCGCCCUCACCGAGGGUCAAGCGGCCUUUAAGCACCGCCAGACUGAGUGAUUUCACCCGCGGACUCGAACGAGACGGCCGCGACCUGGCCCGCUUGCACAACGUCAAAUGGAAAGAAUUCUGGCCAUUCCUCGGCAUCUACACGGAUUUGGGCUCGGAGGAGGGUUUGAUGGCGCUGGAGGAAUUUUUCAAGUCCAAAUUUAGCGAGCAGCCCGACACUCCCAGCCCGCUCAGCGACCUUUGCGACUCUUUCCGAACCGUCAGCCUCACCGAAAGACAGGUGGGCGUUCGUCGUCCGCCUCCGGACCCACCGCGGCUGCCGGAACUGAGCCAAAACCCUCUUCAGUACAUCGAGACGACGUGUCAGGUGCUGGCGCGGCGGCUGGCCGACGGUCUGGAGCGGCAGCUGCAGGCGCAGCACGACCGGCGCGGCCUCAAAGGGCUGCUGCACGCCGAGGCCAAGAACAUGCAGCGCAUCGUGCUCAGCUUCCGCUCGGAGCACCAGUUCAGCACGUCGGUAGACUACACGCUGGUGCACAGCCGCAUCGCCACGCUGGCCAGACACUAUUUGCGCCGCGUCGCCGACCCCCUCCAGCUGGCCGCCCUGUUCGCCAACCUCCAGAGCAUCGUCACCUCCGACCUCGACCUCUCCUCCGACGACGAGCAGCAGACCACCGCAGACAGGUCGUCGUCGGUAAUGCGGGAGCAGGUGCAGUGCGUGGGCCGAAUGCUGGUGCGCGGCUCCGCCGACGUGCCGAUGUGCGAGAGCGUCGAGUGGAUGUGGGCCCAGUGCCGCAGCUGCUGCUGCUCGUGGCUGCCGGCGCAGAACGUGCGCACGCCCCGCACCCGCGGCUCCUCCCUGAAGCGGCCUCAGGCCCACAGACAGCAGCAGCAGCAGCAGUACAACCACAACCACGUGCAGACUCAGCAGCAGCAGCAGCAGGAGACGCCGCCCAGGAACAACAACCAGCAGCAGCAGCAGCAGCAACAACAACAACAAUGGCGACAGCCCAAACACGACUCGGACGAAUCAUCAGAUGAUGAAGACGAUUCCGAGGAUAAUUUUUUCACUCCUCCGUCGUCGGUGGCGGGUUCUGACGACGAGGACGACUUCCAGGUGGCCGAGCAGGGUCGCAUGGUCUUCAUCAACGGAAACGAGCCGAGCAAGCUGGACCUGGACGUGUUGCGGGCGUGCGAGUCGCAGCUGUUGUCGCAGAGCCGGUUUCCCUUCGUGUGGCGCUGGCGACACCAGAUCCGCACCUUCCCAGAGACAGACAGACUACGGUGGCGGAGUCCGCAGGUGGGCGUGCAGCAGGCGCGGACCCCUUCGAGCCCUGUGCGGAGCCCCGUGUCGACGCGCAAGGUGUUGCCGCAGUCGUGGACGUCGUCUGAUCCGCCGUUCUCGCCGCCGCGGCGCCGCCUCAACUUGUGAGAAGCCUUGGCAGCUGCUGUGAUUCCCUCCCGAAUCUCCCCAGUUUAUGAAUGAUUUAAUUUUGAUUUAAUACACACACACACGCCCACACUCUGUAGAAUUAAUCAAUGCAUUCUUCCCGCGCUCUGAUACUCUGCGACAAACUCUUUAAGAAGUGUAUUUUUCGCCCCCUGAACGACUGCCGACAAGACGUGUAAAAUAAUUUCAAAGAAGAAAAUGUAAAAUGAGAGAGAAAGAGAUCUUUAACUGCCUUUUUAUACUCAUUGUUCGAUUCUCAAUAAAACGAAUGGAAAGGAAUUUAA